UUAGUAAGUAUCCAAAUGGAUGAGAUAAUGGGCCUGGCAUAUAACAAAAAGAAGGAAAUUGAGGGGAGGGAGGGAAGAGAGGAAGGAAUGAGAGAUUUGUUGAAAAGAAUAAGAGAGGGGGGAGGGAGGUUGUUUUGGAAUUUAAAUAAAAAUACUUUCCUGACAACCGAUUUAAAAAUAUAUUCUUCUCGAAUCGAAGAAGGAACAAUUGUUGCAACAAAAUAGGUUUUUGAGAAUGUGCGCGGGUUAAGGAUUUGUAGGUAUUUGAGGGAGUUGAAAGAAAAUAUUGAAAAAUGAAGAGAGUGGUUUAUUGA